CCGUAUGAAUAUGACGAUUAUGAUCGUUAUUCGCCGCCGCCGUAUCGCGAUCGCUAUAGACGCACACCGUCACCACGCUACUACGAUGAUCGUCGCCGAAGACGUUCACGCUCGUACGACAGGGACUAUUAUUGAUAAUUCUACAUCCAUCUAUCUCUCCCUGUCUUUUCAAAAAAAAAACCCCCCACUGUCCUUCCAGUAA